AUGCCGGAGCCAAACUAUCCAUUUGAAAUAACCGAUGUCGACGUAGAUACGGCGGAAUUGUUAAUGAAGUACUUUACAGGUGAAACCACCGGUUUUGUACGCGUCGGUCCCAAGGGAUACUUCUUCCCAAACAAAUUUAAGCAGGAGGCCAUUAACUAUUACACCAUGGAAAUUAAACCGAGUGAUGUCUUCGUCACGAGCUAUCCAAGAUCAGGAACCACGUGGACACAAGAAUUAGUUUGGAUGGUAGCUAAUGACCUGGACUACGAAACAUCUAAUGCAAUCCCUCUUACAGACAGAUAUCCUUUUUUGGAAUUUUCCAUAUGCGUUCACCCAGACAACAUGCAGAAGUUCACAGAGGAGAACAGCCACGAUGAAAGCAAACUGGAGUUAUUAAGAUUGGUCACGAAACCUGGCACAGAGCUGAUAGCAGAUGCACCUUCACCAAGGUUCAUAAAGAGCCACCUGCCACUCUCGUUGUUGCCACCGAAUAUUCUAGACGCGAAGAUGGUGUAUGUUGCACGGGACCCGAGAGAUGUCGCCGUCUCUUUCUAUCAUUUAAACAAGUCAAUGAGGACGCAAGGCUAUAAUGGUGACUUCAAAACUUACUGGGAAUUCUUCAUAAAAGAUUUACAUCACUGGACGCCAUAUUUUGACCAUCUCAAAGAAGCUUGGGAACAGCGUCACAACGCGAAUAUGCUGUUCUUAUUCUACGAGGAACUAUCUAAGGAUUUAUCUGCUUCGAUACGUCGUGUCGCCGAUUUCUUCGGCAAAACCUUCAGCGACGAACAGAUUAAACGUCUUUGCGACCACCUUAGCAUUGAGAGCUUCAAAAACAAUAACUCUGUCAACUACGAUGUGAUGAAGGAGCUUGGAAUCAUGGUCGGGAAAAAGGAAUUUAUUAGGAAAGGUAAAGCAGGGGGAUGGCGUGACUACUUUGACGAAGAGAUGACAGCGCAAGCAGAUCAAUGGAUAAAAGACAAUCUGCGCGACACUGACCUUCGGUUUCCACACUUUUAA